GGACUGAUGGUUAGCCUUCUCGUCCUUCUCUAUCCCGCAUAACAUCCAUCUCGUCCUUGGCCGGAACUUGCAAUGCUAGAGCUAGUGUAGACCGCCGGCCGUCAGAACUCAGUCGAGAGCAACGCUAUACUGAUUUCUGGAUCGUGAGAGCGCCGACGGCCGGCCGCCCGGAGGGUCAGUGCUGCCGCUCGCCGUCAGACGACAAGGGGAGGGUUCCGGAUCCAGGAAAACCAGGUCGAGGGGAAGAAAUGCCGUCGACGGGGUCUCUGGAAUCCAGGGCAACCCUUGCGCCCGGCAGCAAGCGGAACAGGCGCGGGACCUCAACCACCGCACCCACGUUGGGGGUGACGACCCGCUCGAGGUCCCAAUCGGCAAGGACCAAGCUUGAUGGGGCCGGCGAGGCGGAUGGGUGCAGGAAAAGGAAGCUUGGUGGGAGAGUAUCACCGGAGAGGUCCAAGAAAGGGAAAAGCAUCCUCGAGCACAGCCAGGAAAGUCUAAGUUGGAUGGACGAUGAUGAUGAUGACGAUGGCGGCUCAUCUGCAGUCAGCUCUCCAAUUCGCGUGCCUUACAAGCCCGAGGAAACCAACUGCGACAGCGAGUUAGCCAAGGUUUACAGGCAGUUCUACCAAAAAGUAGUUCGGCAUAAUGAAUUGCCCACGCUUUAUGCCGAUCACCCUCCAAAUUUCCUGGUCGAUGAUUCGACGCUUCUUCACAUCCGUGAGCCUGCAAGGAAGAUGGUGCUUCGUGCGGCUCAAUUUGUCGUUGGGAUUUCAUCCUCGAUUGAUGGUGAGCCGCUAGCACAGUGUUCUGGUUUCUGGAUUGAUUUCGAUAAUGAGAGCAGAACUGGUACCGUUGUGACGACGGCACUUCUUAUUCGCACAAAGCAUCCAACACAUGAUCCUUGGUUUUGCAAAGACCAGUAUGCUUCUGAUGCUAAGGUUAAUGUCCACUUGCGGGGUUACAUCACUGUAGAGGGUGACCUGCUCUACUACCAGAAGCACUACAAUCUUGCUUUCUUGAGAAUUAGAGUGGAAAAGGAUCAAUCUGUUCAGUUAUCCUUACCCUCUUAUAGUGAUAAUGUGGAAUGUGCUCAAGACAUUUUUGAGCUUGGAAGAGAUAAACAUUCCGAUUUACUGAUAAAUCAUGGUAGAGUGGAAUAUUCAAACCCAACCAAGUGUGAGCGGCAUCACCAUAUGUACAUUCAAGGGCCACAGCGAGAUCGUAUGUAUGAUAAAGGAGGUCCUGUCGUUGACUUAGACGGGAAGGUUGUGGGAAUGAUCUGCAAUUAUUCAAGAGCGUCCUUCAUACCUUCAUCAAUUCUACUCAAGUGCUUUCAUCUGUGGAGAAACUUCCGGCGCAUCCCUCGUCCGCACCUUGGAUUGCAAUUUAAUGCCAUCAGCCUUCUAAACCCUGCUCAUGCUGAGCAGAUAUCGGUAGUGUGCGGGGUUGAUGAGGGUCUUGUUGUUCAAGAGGUGUCUGGAGACUCUGCUGCCGAAAAAUGUGGAAUCCGAAUUGGAGACGUUAUUGAAUGUAUCAAUGGUAAAAGUAUUCCUACUACUGUGGAGUUGGAAAACAUGCUGCUGAGCAUAAUCGAGAAGAGUGGAGAUGGCCUUAAUUCUGAUCUGGAUUUGAAGAUUCAGGUAUACUGCACGCGUAGGAAUGUUAGGAGAGUCAAAGUAUUAACUGUGAAUGUAUCUGACGACGGUGAAUAUUGUGUACCAUAUUGUAUGCCACUACCAGCUGGGUGUGUGGUCACUCGACCCAGGAACUCACCUCACCGAGUGAGCCCAGGUCAGAAUUCUGUUACGCCAAAUGAGGAGUUGAGCACAAGGAGGAAGGAGAGGAGGUAGCAGCUCAUUUUAACGGAUAGUUGGAACGAAACUACUAGUGGGUCCUGUACAAUGGA